AAGAGUUUUAAAAAAAUAUCUUAUUAUAGCUUGUUAAAUUAUCACAUAAUAAAAUAAUUUAUAUAUUGUCAAUUGAAAAUGAUUUUAAAGACAUUUACUGCGAUAUUAUUUUUGUUAUGUAUUGUGAAGCUAAAAAUAUGUUAUGGCAUAAAAUUCUGGAAGACAAAAGAUAAAUCAUUAGAAAGAGCUUUAAAGUUAGACACUGGUUUCGAGUAUCCUAGCUAUGAGGAUCUAUGCGAUUUGUCAAUGGAAGAUUUCAAAAACAAAAUCUGCCCAGGAGAUACAGUAUUAAGAAGUAUUACUGAUUCAAUAAAAACAAAAAUUCACUUUAUAGAGUUGGAUCUCGUUUGUGGUAAUACAUUCAAUCUUCUUCAAUAUUUGAAUCUUAUUUAUUUUUUCAUUAAUAUUCCGUCUGGACAAACAUAUGAUAUAAACAGAAUUAUUUUAAACGAAUCAAUUACAAAACAUAUUUUAGUUAUUUUGAUUAAAUACAUUCACAAAAAAAUAUUUGACGGUUUUUGGGCAAUGCAUUUUUAUAUUUCUUAUAUUCGAUUAUUUGGUAAUGAAAUACAUCAAUGUCCAUAUAAUAUUGUAAAUGCUCACCAAAUCCUUCGCUCAUUCUUAAUAUUUUUUUCUUUAAAUGUAUGUAGAUAUAAUAAUAAGUAUGACGUAAAAGAUACUCCUUCAGAUAUUUCGGAACAAUAUUCAACUCUCACGAAUCUUAUAGAUGUUAUGAAUCGAAGAAGAGAAAUCAACAAAAAUGUAUUGGUAAUUGGGGACAAAGAUGAAAGUGCAUUCUCACUCAGAAGUAUUUAUAUGUGCGACAUAAUUGAAAACAAAGAAUUAUUGAGAAUUGUUAUAAUGGAUUUCGGUGAACAAAGUAAAGAUACGUUUGAUGCUAUUUAUAAUGACUUACACGAAGCAUACAAACAAGCAAAGAAUUAUUUUAUGUUUGAUUUAUGGAUAAAACGAAUUGGAGUUUAUCAACGAAAAGUCUUAAACGUUUUUAAAACCGUUUUAAUGAAUUUAAUGAAAAAACACUUUAUCUACAGUUCUUUAAUGUUAGACAAUGAACAAAUAGAUAAAGUAAAAUUUUUCAUAGAUCAAAUAGCAAAUUCACUUCAAAAUUUGACUUUGUUAUUUAAUGGCGUAGAAGCUCAUGAUUUUGAAAAAAUGUUUAAAUCUCUCACAGAUUUACCCUCAGAUCAUCAAAAUUUUAGAUAUUAUCAUGGUGUUUUGAUUUUAAAUAUCGAACGCAUAAUAGAUACAAUAAAACCCAACUUUUUUAAAUUAAUUUCAAAUGAUAUAAUUAGUGACUCAGACUAUGAAUCGAAAAUCAAUUUUGAAACUAUAAUGUAUAUUGUAAGAAAUGAAUUGAAUGAAAAUAAAUCCAUCAAAAAUAUUGAACAUUUUUGUCUAUAUUCAGAUUCUAAAGGAAUGAAUGAUAAUUUUGUAAGAAUAUUUUUAUUUACAAAUUUAUUAAAUAAAUCAUUCGAAAAAGUAAGCAUAAUAAGUAUUUUAUCAUGUUUAAAAUUUUGUGAAUCUUUGGAAACACUUGGUUUUAAUAACCAUGGUUAUGUAGAUGGUGAAAAUGAGGAAAGGUUAUUGGAAUUAUGAAACAUAUUUUUUAAAACAAACUUCAAUCAAUUAUUUACAAUUAUAAAUUAAAUUUACAUACUUUGCAGUUAAAAAACGCCUUUUUUAUUUAUUUGGCAUUAAACGAAAUCAUUGGAGCUUUAUCCACUCAUUUAUACUAAAAUGUUUUUUAUAGGUGUUUUAUAAAUUCUGAUUAUUUGACAUCCAAAACUUUUUUAAUUUGAAAUCUUUCAAAUAUAGAAUGAAUCAAUCUUAUACCACUACUGUUCAAACUUCUUAAAAAUAAAAUAAAUUAUUUUUCACU